CAGCGCCAUGGCCGCGCGCUCCCGGCGCCCGUGGCUCAGCGUGGCGCUGGGGCUGGUGCUGGGCUUCACCGUCGCCUCGUGGCUCGUCGCCCCCAAAGUGGCCGAGCUGAGCGAGAGGAAAAGGCGAGGCGGAGGAGGAGGGGCGGCGGUGGCGGCGUGAGUUCCGCCGGGGCGGGCGUCGGCGUCGUCGGCGGCCGCUUCUGCGCUUUCUACGGCCGCGCGGCUGCGCUGCCCGGGGACAAGAGGCAGCUGCCCUGAGGCGGCUGAAGGGGAGAACCAGAGGCGGGAACCGCCGCUCGCGGAGGGCGAGCCCGCGCCCGCUUUCGCCGUGGCAGCUGCCGGAGAAGGAGACCCGUCGCCGCCGCCGCCGCCGGAGGCAGAGGAGGAGGAGGAGGAAGAAGAGGAAGAAGGCGCCGGGCGCCACGGCAGCAGCAGCCACAACGGCAGCGGGGACUACGCGGGCGCGCCGGGCUGCGCGCCCAGCGGCCGCUUCCUCUACGUCGGGGUGAUGACCGCGCAGAAGUACCUGGGCAGCCGCGCGCUGGCGGCGCAGCGGACGUGGGCCGCCUCCAUCCCCGGCCGGGUGGAGUUCUUCUCCAGCCAAGGCUCGGUGCCCCCUGCCGCCUCGAGGGGGGAGCGGCCGCUGCCCGUGGUCGCCUUGCCCGGCGUGGACGACUCGUACCCGCCGCAGAAGAAGUCCUUCAUGAUGCUCAAGUACAUGCACGACCACUACCUGGACGCCUACGAGUGGUUCAUGCGCGCCGACGACGACGUCUACAUCAAAGGGGAAAAAUUGGAAGAGUUCCUUCGGUCACUGAACAGCAGUAAACCUCUCUAUUUGGGCCAGACAGGACUGGGGAAUAUUGAAGAACUUGGAAAACUGGGCCUUGAGCCAGGAGAGAAUUUCUGCAUGGGAGGACCUGGGAUGAUCUUCAGCCGUGAAGUUCUUAGGAGGAUGGUGCCACAUAUAGGUGAAUGCCUUCGAGAAAUGUACACUACUCACGAGGAUGUGGAAGUGGGCCGAUGUGUUCGGAGGUUUGGUGGAACUCAGUGUGUCUGGUCAUAUGAGAUGCAGCAGUUGUUCCAUGAAAACUACGAACACAACCGGAAGGGUUAUAUACAAGAUCUUCACAACAGCAAAAUUCACACAGCAAUUACACUUCAUCCAAAUAAAAGGCCAGCCUAUCAGUAUAGGCUUCACAAUUACAUAUUGACCCGUAAAAUUUCAGAAUUGCGUUAUCGUACCAUCCAGCUUCACCGGGAAAGUGCCCUCAUGAGCAAGCUCAGUAACGAUGAAAUCAGCAAAGAAGACCAGCUUCUUGGAAUGAUGCCAUCUUUCAACCGCUUUCAGCCACGUGACAGGAAUGAAGUCAUUGAAUGGGAAUUUUUGACUGGAAAGCUGCUUUACUCAAUGGCUGAGAAUCAGCCACCUAGACAGAGCAUUAAUAGCAUCCUGCGGGCAGCGUUAGAUGAUACUGUAAUGCAGGUAAUGGAAAUGAUCAAUGAGAACUCUAAAUCUAGAGGAAGACUGAUUGACUUCAAUGAAAUACAGUAUGGGUACCGUAGGGUUGACCCUUUGCAUGGUGUGGAAUACAUUCUGGAUUUGCUUCUUUUGUAUAAGAGGCACAAAGGAAGAAAAGUCACUGUUCCAGUUCGACGCCAUGCCUACCUUCAACAAUUAUUUAGUAAACCAUUUUUCAAAGAGGAAGAAGAGCUGGAUGUAAGAAGCCUGGUAGAAAACGUGAACAGCGACAUGCAGUCUUUCUCCUUCCUUUCUAAUUCUCUGAAAAUUUUUUCAUCAUUCCAAGGCACCAAAGAAAUAGGGGGAAGCAGUGGCAAGAAGAUUCACAUUCUUGUCCCUCUCACAGGGAGAUACGAUAUAUUCCUAAGAUUUAUGGAGAAUUUUGAAAAGACCUGCCUUAUUUCCAAGCAGAACGUAAAGCUGGCAGUCAUUCUCUUUAACUCUGAUUCUGGUCAGGAUUCCAGCAAACACACAGAGCUAAUCAAUGAAUAUCAAAAGAAGUAUCCUAUGGCGGACAUGACCAUCAUUCCAAUGUCGGGAGUUUUCUCUAGAGGUUUGGGUCUUGAAAUGGCCUCCUCUAAGUUUGACAAUGACACUUUGCUGCUAUUUUGCGAUGUUGAUCUAAUAUUUACCCCCGAUUUUCUCCAGCGGUGUAGAGCUAACACCAUUCAAGGACAACAGGUUUAUUACCCUAUUAUUUUCAGUCAUUAUGACCCCAAAGUAACACAUGGGGGCAACCCUCCAGUGGACAGUAACUUUGUUUUCACAAAGAAAACUGGGUUUUGGAGGGACUAUGGGUUUGGGAUUACCUGCAUUUACAAAAGUGACCUUGUGAAUGCUGGUGGAUUUGAUACCUCUAUUCAAGGCUGGGGACUUGAGGACGUAGACCUCUUUACUAAAGUAAUAAAUUCUGGACUUAAGGCGUUUAGGAGCCAAGAAGUGGGAGUUGUACAUGUAUUUCAUCCAGUUCAUUGUGAUCCCAACCUAGAUCCUAAACAAUACAAGAUGUGUUUGGGGUCCAAAGCAAGUACAUUUGCCUCUGCCAUGCAACUAGCUGAAAUAUGGCUAGAAAAACAUUUAGGUGUCAGGUAUAACCGAACACUCUCCUGACAUUCUAACUUGCUCUGCCAUCCUAGGGGAUUUUACCUCAUUCCUUCUUUCUUUUUGUUUGUUGCAUUCUUACAACUCCAUUUUUGUCUUCCAAAGGAUAUGUUUUCGACCUCAAACGAACAGAGUCUGCGAUCAGGAACAUUACAGAUUCCUACUGAACUGAUUCAGUGUGGUGUCUUUCUACUCUCUUUGAUCAAUAAACUGAGUGAAAUCAUGGCAAUCAAAUAAUCCCACGGAGCACAUCCAUCACAUGGAGCUGCAUCAGAAGAGUGUUCUCUUUGGGCUUUAGGAUGCCAUAUCAAUCUUCAUCAUGUCUGUCAAACUUAAUGUGAUACAAAUAUUUUUUGGUGAAGAUACCACAAAAGUGCUUUAUGCUUCCUCUGGGAAAGAGACUCUGCCAAACCUGAGUUUUAUAAUUUAUAUGAGAACUAAAAUAAACAGUAUUAUUCUUCAUCUUUAUAAUUUUUAAAGUAAACAAAUAACUGACUGUAUCUCUAUUUUUUUAAAAAGAGGAAAAACCACAUACAAACUGAGGGUUUUCUUUCCAAGUGCAACUGGUACUGGCUACCAAGAACCUUAAAUGUUGUACGCGAAUGAUCUUAUUACCGUCUACUCUGAAUGCAAUUGGACUGUGUUUUCUCAAGGAAGCAUGACUUAGUCAAAUAUUUACGUAUGCUGAGAAGGUUUCUGAACCAAUGUCCUUCAUUUGCUGGCAAGAAGAAAUCAUGACACAAUGUGGUUAUUUAUAAUAAAACUACAGACACACCAUAUUUUUUUUGUCAAAGACAAGAAUAUGUUGCUUUGUCUCUGUUUAGAAUGAGCCUCUAAUAUAUAAAUAAUUUUAUAUUUUGUUCCUUUCAUAAGACUGCACUUGAUACAAAGGGAAAUAAAAGGGUACUUAAUAUUGUCUUUUUAUAAUUGUGCAUUAAUAUUGAUAUUCUGAACCAAUCCUUGUUAAACUUAAAAGGAAAUGUAAUUAUUUAAGUAUGAAAUUACUAUUGCUGGUCAAAGUUCUUGCCAAUAUAUUUAUAUUAGUGAAGGUUUAUAGGAAAUGGAAUGUGUUAAGACCUCUCUCUGAAGAAUACAGCAAUGUCAAGGUAUAUUUGUGGAAUACUGAAUGGAAAAUCAAUUAGAUACCAAAAUGUUAGGUCUGUUUUUUGUAUUAUUAUUAUUAUUAUUUGUAAAAGCAAAGGAAUAGCCAUUUCAAACCAUUUCUUUCCCAAAUUCUUUUAAACUGCAUUUAUGACAGAGAGGUAGAAUAUUUUGUAACAAAACUGUUCUAAGAAUCCAGAGGACAUAUCCA